UCAGAUCGCCGCGAGGAUGCGCCUAGGCAGGCUGUAGACGCCCACGGCAGCAGCCGGCGCUACUGAAUUCGCAGUCGCUGGCGGGUAGUCGGCAGCUCUGGAGUGGCAUGGAGGAGGACAGUGCUAUAGUCAUGAGGCGAGCAGGCGACGCCGUGUACACCGGGGUGGCGAGCCGCGACUCCGACGCGGCCAGCCGGCGGCUGGUGCUGCGCUCUGGCGAGUGUAACAUCACCGGCUGGUCGGCCGGCAAGCGGAGGAUGCGCUUCCUGCAGGACGUGUUCACGACGAUAGUGGACCUGCCGUGGCGCUGGCUGCUGCUGCUGCUGUCACUGAGCUUCUUCCUCACGUGGCUGGGCUUCGCGCUCCUCUGGUGGCUCAUCGCGUUUGCCCACGGAGACCUCGAACCGCAGAACCUGCCUCCCUUUCAAGAAGACACGGGAUGGGUGCCGUGCGUGACGCAGAUCUACAACUUCACGUCGUGCUUCAUGUUCAGCAUGGAGAACCAGCACACGACGGGCUUCGGGGCGCGCAUGCCCACGGAGGAGUGCCCCGAGGCGAUCUUCCUCAUGUGCGCGCAGGGCAUCGUCGGCGUGACCAUCCAGACGGCCGUGCUGGGCAUGAUGUUCGCCAAGGUAGUGCGCCCCAAGCAGCGCACGCGCACCAUCGCCUUCAGCAGGCACGCCGUCGUCUGCCGCCGGGACGGCGUCCUCUGCCUCAUGUUCCGCGUCGCGGACAUGCGCACCAGGUCUCACAUCAUCGAAGCGAAGAUGAACAUUCUGCUGGUGGGCGAGAGGAAGACGCCCGAGGGCGAGCAUCUUCUGCCGUACCACACGGAGCUGCGACACGAGGUGGGGAACCGGCGCUUCUUCUUGCUCUGGCCGGAGACCGUCGUGCACCGCAUCGACGCCCGCUCGCCGCUCUACCGCAUGUCUGCCGCUGACAUGGCUGCCUCCGACCUGGAGGUGAUUGCUAUCCUGGAAGGAACCAUCGAGUCGACAGACCAGCGCGUGCAGGCGCGUACGUCUUACCUGCUGAGUGAGGUACUGUGGGGGCGCUGCUUCGAGCAGGUGGUGCGCUUCAGCCCCGAGCGGCGCUGCUACGUGACCGACUACCGCGCGCUGGGCGCCACGCGGCCCGUGGACACCCCCACCUCCUCUGCCUGCGACCAAGACACCAACAGGACGCUCCCAGAAGGAGAGAUCAAAGAGUCACGUCACUCCGCUGGUGAUGGCCAUAUCAUCACUGGGCACGAGCUGAAAGCUGCCUGAGUGCAGCCCAGCCCUCCCUCGAUGUCACGUGCUUCACUUGCAAGUGAAGCCAGACAUGUACAGCGACGUCCGUCGUCAAAAGGCUGGAGGCGUUGCAGGUUGCAGUAGCGAUACGUUGGUGUUGUGUUAGUACAUUUCGGGAUUAUGAUAGUGUGAAUAGUUGGAAGUGGACGGCAACUCAUGUUGGGAUAUUUAACGUGGUGAACUGCACUACACAGUUUUUUGCAAGUCGUUUCUGCGGGGAAAUAAAGCUCAUGAAAUGCAGUAA